AUGCCGAUGAUUCCGAGUUUCUUAGGUGGCAGAAGGAGCAAUGCUUUCGAUCCAUUCCCCCUUGAUGUUUGGGAUCCAUUCAAAGAUUUUCCAUUCUCCAAUUCUUUUCCUGAAAAUUCAGCAUUCUUGAGCACACGUGUGGACCGGAAGGAGACUCCAGAAGCGCAUGUGUUCAAGGCCGAUCUUCCUGGACUGAAGAAGGAGGAAGUGAAGGUGGAGAUUGAAGAUGAUAGCGUUCUUCAGAUAAGUGGAGGGAGAAAAGUUGAGAAAGAAGAUAAGAAUGAUCAAUGGCAUCAGGUGGAGCGUAGCAGCAGAAUACCAGAGAAUGCUAAAAUGGAUCAAGUCAAAGCAAACAUGGAGAAUGGUGUUCUCACUGUGACAUUUCCUAAACAAGAGGUUAAGAAACCUGAGAUUAAGACCAUUGAUAUUUCUGGUUAAGGGCACAACGAGUUCUGUGUUAGAAUGGCAUACUCUUCUUUAUUCUAAUGCUUAGCAUGUGUUUCU